CCCCCCCCCCCCCCCCCCCCCCCCCCCCCCCCCCCCCCCCCCCCCCCCCCCCCCCCCCCCCCCCCCCCCCCCCCCCCGGCGCGGGGCCAAUUCAUUUGUUUUCAUUCAAUCCUACUUACUGGAUCCGUGUAUGAUUCAAGAAUUAGAUAAUACCUGUGUUUUGACCUUUUCAAGAAAAUCUACGUGUCCGACAUCAAAAUAAGUCGUACCCAUCAGCUGUGUAGAUGAUACGAUCACCGGACUAAAAAGAGAUUAUCUAGCAGUAAGAGCGAAAAAAGAGUCAGCUAAAUUUACAUUUGGUUCACGUCCAUUUGAAAACUGAAUAAUUUUAUUCACUGUUGGUAAAAAUUGUGAUAUACCCGUCCACAGACUAGAUGCACAAUGACUUGUACCCAUACGUCGAGUAUCUUCACGAUCGGGUAUUUUAACGUUUUAAUAGUUCUUUUAGUAUAACAUGUACUGCUUUAUCUAUUUCCUUAAACUGAGAUCAAGGGUAAGUUUGUCGCUUUACAAAACAUUCAAGUGAUUAUCAAAGAAACUUUUAGGCUACAUGCGUUUUCUUAGCUUUGAAAUGUCACAGAAGUUAGCAUUUUCUAGCGUUUUCUCUUGCCAUAUUUGGUAAGAGUGAACUUCUUCGUAUGACACUCCCGUAUUAUGAAUAAUUUCUUUUCUUUAUGAAUCAUUCCAUUCAUACUAUGUUUUGUACUCUGAACAGCUGAUAUGUUCGUCCACUUUUAUUCUCUUCAGAGAUAGAGAGUGAAUUCUUUCGCUCUCUACACAGAUAGUUAGAAUUGAGCUGGAACAAAGAACAUAGACUACAAAAAUACGGACGACGACCACUAUUUCUUGUUCAUAAAGUGUACUGCAGAACACAAUUUUUUUUUUCGAAGGAAAGAAUGCCGUCCUGCCUUUUCUUCUAUUGAUCAGGAACGUUCAUUUUUUUCUUUUUGUGUAGUUUCAUUGUCGGUGUACAUUUGCUAAAUUCUGACUGUUAUUAUGACUUAUGUACCAUUUUUAUAUUGUUCAGAAAAGAGUUUUAGGAAAAUGAUUCAUUAAACUGUUAUAGUUACGCUCAAUCAUACACAUUGUAUCUAAACUUGACAAGGAUAAUAAUCAGAUAUAGUGACCGGCACGAUUUUCAUCGGUUAUUCAUCUGGUGAAUAUUAAAAAAAUAUAAAAAACAUUAAAAAAGACAAACAUUACGAAUGUCUAUUUUCAUGUGCUCUCUAUGACCUGCAUAAUUCAUUUAAGAUUUUAGAACGAAGAAGAAAUAUUAGACCGGAUCACUUUCGAAUUUGACUAGUGAAAAAGAAAACGUCUCUCUCGUCCUUUUCUUUCCCUUUUUUUGUUCAUUACUUAUAAAACAAUAUACUAGCUGUACACACUUAUUUUUCAGAUUAUUACAGAACCUCUUGUCAGAUACCAAAUUGUUUUCAAAUUUUACUGUCAUAUUAUUCAAUUUUCUUAAUCAUUUAUUUUACAAUGAAACUUUUACUUACUUUAUUAUUGGCGUUAACGUUUAUUGUAAUAAACCAAGGUAAGAUUAAAAAUAAGUUUCAAUAUACUUGUCAUUUUCAACAUUCGCCGAAUUGUUGACUCAUCUUAUUAGAAGAUGCAACAAAUAAUCGUUAUAAAUUUGAUUGAUGGUGGUACUCAUCAUUAAUAUUUGUGCUGCAUAUUUUAAUUAUCACUUUAAUCCUUUCAUUUCUAGCAUUACAGUGUUAUGAGCACGAUUUAUGUAUUAAUUGCCCAGACUUAGCUGGAAAAAUAACAACGUGUUCAAAUACUGAAGCACGAUGCUGGAAACUAGCUGUUCCACUAAAAGGUAUCAAGAGAGGAUGUGGCGAAAAUCGUUGUAACGUUCAAGUUGACACUGGUAUAUUCCAAACUGCAAGUGUUUGCUGUAAUUCACAUUUAUGUAAUUCGGCACCAAAACGAAAAAAUACAUUUGCAGUUGCUGGUAUUAGUGUUAUUUUUAGUCUUAUUAUAUUUUAUUACCAUUAA